UGUCGUGUGGACGCAACUUAAUCUGCCCUCUGUUUUUUAUUGUUUGUGCGUGAGCCACGAUGGAUUUCGUUGAAACGAAGCCCGUUAUCGCCAACAUUUCAGGGGAACCAAAAAUACAGCCCGUAGAGAUCGAGAUUCUUCCCGUGGUCUACGACAUCAUCCGCAGCAUCGAAAAGGAUCCCGUCGAUAACACCGCCAAACAGAAGGAAAGUGCCGAGUGCAGUCAGAAGGUGCUGGAGCUGCAGCGAUCGCUUGAGGCUGCCCGAAACACCAUCCGCAAGCUGCACGGUAUCGAGUACAGCAAGGAAGAGCAACUCCGGAGGCUCGACAGUCUCCGGAAGCAACUGGCACUGAAACAGCAGCUGAUCAAGAAGUACAAGAACGUCCAGUUCUAGUGGCCGAUACAGGUCGAGAUGGUCCUAGGCGCAAUCUUACGCUAUCUGGCCAACAACGAGCAACUCAUACAAAGGUUGGCCGAUUCAUAUCCACUCCGGCGGGCCGCACAGAUGGUGCUCAGUGCUUACUAUCGCGGUAAAUCGGUCGCGGAGCAGCAGAAAUUGAUUGGAGUGACACCGGAGCGUUUGCAGCAGGCGCUGCGUAGUUUCAAAAGUAACGUACAGAAGGAAAUCGAGAAUGCGAAGAAUGAUUUGAACAAAAAAAAGUGAACUUCCCCGUGAAUAGCGAAUGAUAACUCGUGUAGCCAGGCUCAAAUGUAAUUAAAAUUUAUUGGUAUCGUGAAA